AUGAAAGACAACAAACUUCAGGAGUCUCAAAAAUGGCUUGAAGAUCAUUCAAAGGGCGUCAUAGGAAGUGAAUUGGUGACUUCAACUUUGGAGGGCCUUCAGGUGGUUGCAUCCCAUGAAGGCUUUUUCCGCUGUCACUUCCUUGUACCGAGUAGCCUUUUGGAUCAACGUGGAAACUGGCACAUCGGAGCGAUAGCCACGUUGAUCGAUAGCGUAGGCGCCGCCACGGCACACUCGUUGUUUGGUCCCAUCAGAGCAUCCGUUGACUUUAUCAUCUCAUACUUCUCAACGGCUAAGUUUCAAGAAGAGAUUGAGAUAGAGGCCAAGGCUGUAAGAGGACAAGGAAAGCUUGUAGGGUUUAUGGUGGAAGUGAAAAGAAAAGGUAGUGGAGAAUUGAUUGCCAUUGGUAAGCAAUGGAUGGCCUCAAAAGGUCAAGAGAAAAGUAGUAGGCUUUGA